AUGACGAAGGAGGAAGCGAGGGAGAUGCUAAUUGAGGAGCUUGAGGUUGAUCUUGAGGACGCGCUUAAGGAGGUGGAGAGGACCCGCGGGGCACAUGUGAGGUUUCACUUGUUGGCGCGACAGUACGAGGCCAAGCUACUUGUGGCACAAGCUACUACUGGUGACGAGGCAUGGGCACCCAACUGUUUGUGGACACGAGCUCGUUCUACACAGACGUCGUUUACCUGCGGUACUUAUCGGAUACUCCACGUGUCCAUGAUUACAAUUGGGGAGCGGCUACACUGGCGUAUAGCUACCAUAGACUCAGAUAGGGAUGCCUGUGGAAGUCAAGGACCGUGGCUGGAAAUUGUACCCUUUAGUGAGUCGGAUAUUACAGCACUUCCCAAACAUUAUUGGUUGGGAGAGGUGCCGGAGUACACUGAGGUCAUGUCGCGUGCUAGAGCCUUUAUCCCCCUAAGAGGGAACCAGGUGCCAGAUCCUUACAGAUUCUAUCUUGACCGCAUGGGUGCCGAGGACGACCGAUACGAAUCUUAUGCUGAUCACCAGUGUGUCAUGCGCCAGUCCGGCUACCAGCAGACGAUACCUCGCCACCCUUCUAUCUCCGCUCCUAUCGCCAUGACUCAUCGACAGCUAGAUGAUGUCUUUGUAGACUUUGAGCAUCACAUGGUUCCUGACGAGGCUCGGGCGACCAAAUCAGAUGUAGACUGGAGUUGUGUCGACGGGUACAUCACUUGGUACUAUAGGGUGUCAUACCCAUACUUGAUUCCCACUGCACCGAGAUCACCACCCAGACCAGCCCAUGAGGAAAUUUUGCAGACUCAUUAG